AUGUUGAAGGUUCUCAAAGAGACUAAGGUUAGCAUUCAACCAGACUCAACGGAGUCGAUCGUGAACAUAUCAGUCCCAUCGCCGCAACAGCCAGCCGGCCACGUUGAAUUCGCAGUCCAACACCAUUCACCUAUAGAGGACGGUACAUCUACAGACAAAUUUCUAGCUACACAGGCCUCGGUUUAUUUCCGCAAACGAAAAACCUACCCUCGUUGCAUUCUAUGGCGGGUUGUUGGGUCUGAUCGCGUCCUUGAACUUCGUUCAGCAGAUCUUACUCGGAGCGUCCACGAACCUCAAGAAGCAGAUUUAACCCUACGCUUGAACUUUCCAGACGUGAUUUUGCCACAUGGUGUUGGCUUAUCCGACGAGGAAGAUGACGACGCAAUCAGUAUAUUUGUUAUCACGGCCUCGCGGCAGCUAUACACACUCGAUCUGCAGUCGCAUUGUUUUCUUAAUGUCGAUGCCAUAAAGAAAAAUGUAGCCGACUGGUGUAAGGCUUAUCGUCCGCCACCGCUGAGUUUCACACAUCCAUAUCUUCUAUGCGCCAGCACUCCUUUGGAAGUAUUCAUAUCACUCCAUAGUGGAGCUUUACUUCGCCUAACAAGAAAGAGUGGCACCGACGGUUCCAGCUGGUCUCUAAUUACCUUUGACGAACGGCCGUGGAGUGCUUCGUUGCGUGGGUUUGUGAAAAGGGGCAACUCGAACUCCGUUCAAAAUAAUGGCAAAUCUUUAGACCCAAAUACCCCUACCGCUAUCGCCAUCACCCCCGAUCAGGCGUUUGUUGUCAUCAUUUGUCUAAAUCAUUCCUUGAAGAUUUGGAAUUUGGCUAGCCAUCGAUUGGUUGCAUCGAAAGAUCUAUUGGCCUCGACAUCUCGUUCGGAUGCGCUGCCUAAUCCCACCGAAUUUGCAUUGAUUCGAGUUUUCACCGCUGAGACCACCGCCGGAGCCAUGUACUAUAUGAUAACAUUUACACCACAUGACGAUAGUCAAUUCAAAGUCUGGGCCGUAAAGGGAAGCUUGACAAGUCACCUAGAAAUUGAGAAUAUGUUUCCCGAUUCCAAAUUAAAGGCUAUAGAACCGAACUCUCCGGGGCAUCUCCUUUGGAAUAUCACAGAUUUUGAAGUUGUGCCGAGCUAUGGGGGAAAAACUUUAACAUUGUGGGUGUUAUGGAGGGGAAACGGACUAUAUCAACUUCACAGCAUUCGGUUUGAUCUACAAAAUCUGCCAAAUGUUUGGCAGAGUAAUUGGACUCGAACAGCAUUAGAGAUACAUAGCGACCUUCCACCCACACUGUUACGGCCUGGCAUGGUGGAUCCAACUUCAGAGUGGUUGGAAUUUAUAUUUUCUCCUGGAAGAUACCCUUUAACUGUCAUACAAGCUUCUCUAUCCAUUUUCCUGCAACCUAUCAAGCCUAAUGAAGUGAAUAUCAAUCGGAAGAAACCUAGUGAGUUACAACAACAAGCAUGUCAGGCAAUUCAAGAUUCUUUGGAACUGCAGAGGUGUGCAGAUGGUACCAUUGACUUCUCACGCUACUGUAAGGCGUUGGACGGGAAAUGGCGCCGACUUUGGCACAUCAUUGAAGGGGUUAAUAGAAAGAGAUUUGAAACCCUAUCACUCGCAUACGAUCGAUACUCUGAUUCCCCUUGGGUAUUAUUCACUGAUGGUUGUGCCUUAUUUCGAGAAUGCAGUAGCACGGAAGUUCUUUUCCACAACGACGCGUCCUCCCUACGUGAAAACUUACCUAUAGCAUCAAGGGAUUGGCUCCACCCGAACUCGAUCGUCGAGUUAGGAGACCAUCCGGAUGAAUCAGCAAAAUUGGUGAGCCUAGCUGCCUCCUUUCGCAAGAUGUUGAAUCCGGAACUUUCUCGGGCUUGUCGCUCUGCAUUACAUACAGAACUUUUUAUGGAGAUUUCACUGUCCGCUGAGGAGCGCCUAUUAGCCUUUCAUGAGCGCUGUGGGUUUUCAGAUCUCCUGACAGAUAACGUGUAUGAAAUUGCGUCUGCGAAUAUCGACCAGUCACUUCAAAUAGACAAAUUAUCGACUGACAUGUUUUUUGCCGUCCUUGAUACAAUCCCCUCUGGAUUUUCUGGCAGAGACUCCAACCUUCUGUCCACAAAAUUUGGAUACAGCGUUGUUAUGGAGGGAGUUAUGGAAACCAUCUAUCUCAUCAAACAGACAUUCUACGACCUGCUACUAUUGAUUGUUUUUAUCGAUGUGGAGUUGAAACCCGAAAACUCUUUUGAUCUCAAUGGUCCCGAGUUAUUUGCUACUAUUGUUAGUUUACUCAAAGAGUAUGAACUUUUAGAUUGGCUAGGAUCGAAUACCCGUUUAAGUCCUAAAGGGCAGAAUAGCGGCAUUAUCGACGCGAAAUCCGAUCAUGCUUCAAGAACUUGUGCGUUUGAUCGUGCGAAUAGCCUCUCAAUUUUAGAGGACCUCUUUGCAUCUCACAUUAAAUCAAACCCCACUGUUGGUGUUUCGCAACUGCAUACGCUAACCCGCCAGAUUCGAGAUGUUAUCUCUUGGGCUACGAGACAAGGAGGAGUGUCAUUAGAAAACGUUUUGGUUUAUAUUCAGUGUGAUUUGAUUUCUUCCGGUAACAUAGAUCUUGCGACGAAUUUCUUUCGUUUCCAACCAAAUACAAGUUGGUCUACUUAUGUCAAAGGACGACUCUAUCUUGCAAAGUGCGAUUUCGAUGCGGCUGCAGCCAGCUUUCAGAGAUCAUCCUAUACGCUAUCGUACGGAAAACCCAUCGGAGAUCUACAAGAAAUGUCAUCCAACCUUAUUGACAGUAUCGCAAAAAAUAGCUUCUACAAUGGUCUUCCCCAAUACCUUCUUCACGUUGCUGGCCUUUUCGAACAAGCAAAGUCACCAACGCAUGCUGCUCAUUUUCUCGAACUUGCUCUUCAAGCUUCUGGACCAAACGACCCGGAUUUUGACCUGAUGCCUCACCUGUUCCGUGCAUAUCUCAAAACAAAUCACAUCGAUAAGGCUUAUGCCACUCUCUUACAACACCCAGACGGCAGUGUUAGCCGAUCAGAUCUCGAAGCUCUUGUUGAAACUAGCUUUGCCGUGCACGGUUCAAAUGCAGCGAGCUUUAGGAAAUUUUUACGUCUCCCGUUAUACUCUAACUCUAACAUAUGUAACCAAUUGGAUGAGAUUCUUGCUUCACUCGCCGAAAAGCAAAAAUUAUCUCCACCCCCAGGCUCUCAACGCGCUAUCACUCCUUCCUCAAUGGAAUAUCUCACUACGCUGAAAGCGAUCCAUAUUGCGCGAAGCGAUUUUGAGAAUGCUGCGAGAACAUCAUACCAGAUCCUCUGUCGAUUGCGUGAAACAAAGAAAGACCUCCCGACAAACAUCUAUAGCGCGGAAUUAGCGCAAGAAGAUGCAGAUCCCAUCAUGAAUGAACUACUCGAACUCAUAAAUUUGCUCGAGCUGAUGGAAAGUGAUGAAGCCUAUGUACUUGUUGAUCCAAGCCAAUACCGCACUAGCUCUGUCAAGCCUGAUGAGAUCGAAAGUGGGCCCGGUACAGGUCAAGUUAAAUCCCCACCAGACAAUGAUAUCACGAUGUAUACCCCGGAUGCCUCAGUGUCUGAUUUGGCCAGCCCGAAUGUCAAAGCUGAAACGCCCAAAAAGGCUAAACCCUCAGCAUACGUGGUUCUGACUUUAGACAGCCUACGACGAGAGUACCAGACGGAGUUAGAUAGAAUGUGUAAAAUUCAAGCAGGGGACUGGGAGUAUGGAGACGUUCAGACGUGGCCUGUUACCGGCGACAAUAAUGGCACUAUAUGA